GAUUACACAGUAGUGAAGAAGACAUCCAAUGAGUGUGAGAUACUCAACAGCCAUCCCUGUGUGUCAGAAGGGCUGAGUAGAACCCAGAGCCCCAUCCCAGUGCCUCCACCUGACUCACUAAUACAUGAGAGACCCAAUGACCAAAAGAUCCUGGAACUCACCAACAAGAUCAUUCAGCUGCUGACUGGAGAGGAGGGGGAGUAUAUAGAGGAACACAUGGGUCUGUACAAGGACGUGAUGAUGGAGAAUCACCGGCCCCUCACAUCUCUGGAUAAGAGGAGACUGUCAUGUAUUGUACAGGGGAGAGCAGAAGGACCCAGUAACAGAGAUAUCCCAGAGAGAUGUCCCCGUCCUCUGUAUUCCCAGGAUUGUACAGAGGAGAGUCACAGGACCCCACAGGAGGAUCAGGGUGAAGCCCAAUUAAAUAAUAUUAAAAUCAAAGAUACAGAGGGAGAAGAAGAGACGUAUGUGACUGAUAUAAAGGCAAAAGACAUAGAUGGAGAAGAAGAGACGUAUGUGACUGAUAUAAAGGCAGAAGAUACAGAGGAAGAAGAAGAGACGUAUGUGACUGAUAUAAAGGCAAAAGACAUAGAUGGAGAAGAAGAGACAUAUGUGACUGAUAUAAAGGCAGAAGAUAUAGAGGGAGAAGAAGAGACGUAUGUGACUGAUAUAAAGGCAGAAGAUAUAGAGGGAAAAGAAGAGACGUAUGUGACUGAUAUAAAGGCAGAAGAUAUAGAUGGAGAAGAAGAGACGUAUGUGACUGAUAUAAAGGCAGAAGAUACAGAGGGAGAAGAAGAGACGUAUGUGACUGAUAUAAAGGCAGAAGAUAUAGAGGGAGAAGAAGAGACAUAUGUGACUGAUAUAAAGGCAGAAGAUACAGAGGGAGAAGAAGAGACAUACGUGACUGAUAUAAAGGCAGAAGAUACAGAGGGAGAAGAGGAGACGUAUGUGACUGAUAUAGAGACAGAAUAUACAGAGGGAGAAGAAGAGACGUAUGUGACUGAUAUAAAGGCGGAAGAUACAGAGGGAGAAGAAGAGACGUAUGUGAGGGGUGAUCAGCAGUGUAAGGAGGAGGAGAUCCCUACAGAUAUCAGCACAGAUGGUCACACAAGCAGGAAUAUCUCAGAAGGACAUCUAAUGUUAUCCCCGGAUUGUGACAUAAAAGAUAAUGACAGUAGACAGGAUUCUCCAGGAGCUAACCCCAUUACCCCAAUUAUACAUCCAGCUCUAUCAGCUGAUCCCUCUGAUCCUGGGAAAUGUUCUCCUGAUCACUCUGAUAUUGGUGCAUCUGUUACAGCUCUGACAGUAGAUACAGUGUUUCCCUGUUCUAUAGAUGCCAAAUGUUUUACACAGAACACAAAGCGUAUUAACCCACACACAGGUAAGGCAGGUGAGAGACCAUUUACAUGUUCUGAGUGUGAGAAAUGUUUUACAUACAAAUCACAUCUUGUUAUACAUCAGAGAAGUCACACUGGUGAGAGGAUACUGACAUGUUCUGAGUGUGGGAAAUGUUUUGCACGGAAAUCACAUCUUGUUUUACAUCAGAGAAGUCACACAGGUGAGAAGCCGUUUCCAUGUUCUGAGUGUGGGAAAUGUUUUGCACGGAAAUCACAUCUUGUUUUACAUCAGAGAAGUCACACAGGUGAGAAGCUAUUUUCUUGCUCUGAGUGUGGGAAAUAUUUUAGAUGGAAAUCACAACUUGUUACACAUCACAGAAGUCACACAGGUGAGAAGCCAUUUUCUUGCUCUGAAUGCGGGAAAUGUUUUUCCCAGAAAUCACAACUUGUUACACAUCAGCGAAGUCACACAGGUGAGAAGCCAUUUUCUUGCUCUGAGUGUGGGAAAUGUUUUUCCCAGAAAUCACAUCUUGUUAUACAUCAGGGAAGUCACACAGGUGAGAAGCCAUUUUCUUGCUCUGAAUGCGGGAAAUGUUUUUCCCAGAAAUCACCACUUGUUACACAUCACAGAAGUCACACAGGGGAGAAGCCAUUUUCUUGCUCUGAGUGUGGAAAACAUUGGUUAAAUAAAUCAAAACUUGUUAUACAUCAGAGAAGUCACACAGGUGAGAAGCCAUUUUCUUGCUCUGAAUGCGGGAAAUGUUUUUCCCAGAAAUCCCCACUUGUUACACAUCAGCGAAUUCACACAGGUGAGAAGCCAUUUUCUUGCUCUGUGUGUGGGAAACGUUUUACACGGAAAUUAUAUCUUGUUAGACAUCAGAACUCACACAAUUGCACAGGUGAGAAGCCAUUUUCUUCCUCUCAGUGCGGGAAAUGUUUUACACAGAAAUCACAACUUGUUACACAUCACAGAAGUCACACAGGUGAGAAGCCAAUUCCAUGUUCUGAGUGUGGGAAAUGUUUUACAUCUAAAUCAAAUCUUGUUACACAUCAGAGAAGUCACACAGGUGAGAAGCCGUAUUCCUGUUCUGAGUGUGGGAAAUGUUUUGCAUGGAAAUCAGAUCUUGUUACACAUCAGAGAAGUCACACAGGUGAGAAGCCAUAUUCCUGUUCUGAGUGUGGGAAAUGUUUUGCAUGGAAAUCAGAUCUUGUUACACAUCAGAGAAGUCACACAGGUGAGAAGCCGUAUUCCUGUUCUCAGUGUAUGAAAUGUUUUGCACAGAAAUCAGGUCUUGUUCUACAUCAGAGAAGUCACACUGGUGAGAAGCCGUAUUCCUGUUCCGAGUGUGGGAAAUGUUUUGUAUCGAAAUCAAAUCUUGUUACACAUCAGAGAAGUCACACAGGUGAGAAGCCGUAUUCCUGUUCUGAGUGUGGGAAAUGUUUUGCAUCGAAAUCAAAUCUGGUUAAACAUCAGAGAAGUCACACAGGUGAGAGGCCAUAUUCCUGUUCUGAGUGUGGGAAAUGUUUUGCAUCGAAAUCAAAUCUUGUUACACAUCAGAGAAGUCACACAGGUGAGAAGCCGUAUUCCUGUACUGAGUGUGGAGAAUGUUUUGCAUUGAAAUCAAAUCUUGUUACACAUCAGAAAAGUCACACAGGUGAAAAGCCGUAUUCCUGUUCUGAGUGUAGGAAAUGUUUUGUACGGAAAUCAGCUCUUGUCACGCAUCAGAGAAGUCACACAGGUGAGAUGCCAUAUUCCUGUUCUGAGUGUGGGAAAUGUUUUGCACAGAAAUCAAAUCUUGUUCUACAUCAGCGAAGUCACACAGGUGAGAAGCCGUAUUCCUGUUAUGAGUGUGGGAAAUGUUUUUCAUCGAAAUCAGAUCUUGUUACACAUCAGAGAAGUCACACAGGUGAGAAGCCGUAUUCCUGUUAUGAGUGUGGGAAAUGUUUUUCAUCGAAAUCCGGUCUUGUUAAACAUCAGCGAUUUCACAGGUGAGAAGCUAUUUUCAUGCCGUGAGAGAAAUAAAUCCGCUCUUGUUGAACACAUUAGACAUUACCCAAGUACGGAACCAUUUAAAUCUUCUGGAGUAUAAUUAUCACUGUCAUGCAAUGUUCCUCAAGGGUCAAUCCUAUCUCCUAUGCUUCAUGCAAUAUACAGUCUGGUACAUAUAUAUUGGGACAUC